GCUUGUGAACACUCAACCGACAACACGGAAAAAAUUUUGUUGUUUAGAAUUAAAAUUCACAAAAUUUUCUGUAGCAGUAUAAAUUAUAUUUAGUUUCGAUUUUGAAAAAACAAUAUGUCUGGCAUUCUUGGCUGGAUAAAGCCGUCAGCCAGCAGUCCAUCUAAACGCCUGUCGCCGUAUCUCCUGCAGAUAUCCCGAUGCAUAAGCUACCACGCGCCGGUGUUGCGGCCGCGGUUCCUUCUCAAUGAGCGGGCCAGAAGACUCAAGCGUAUUGGGCUGCGGGCCACGCCCCAAGCUAUGACCAUGAGCAACAGCAUGCGAGUGCAGAUGUACUCGCAGAAGACGAGCAACAAUGUGUUUGCCCUGAAUGGAAGGGUGAAUAAUCUGCGGAAGCGUGUCAGCUUCUCUGGGACCCAGGAUGGACCGGAGGGAAACGCCAAGCAGAACGUCAUACCGAUAGGACUGAUCACGCCGGAGACCAAGGAUGGCAAGGACCUGAAGAUAGUUAUUGUCCCACUGGAUAUUGCCGGCAUGAAUGCCGAAGAUCUGAAGAGCACGCUGGAGAGCAUCAACCACCUGCGCAAGUAUGCCAACCAGAUAGAGGCCUUCUCCUCCAGCAUGGUGGACGACUUCAAUGAGAUGAUGCAAAACGCAAACACCGAGGUUCAGAGGGAACUCAAAGCUGCCACAGCAGCGGCAGAAGAGGCCGAGGAGCAGGCUCUGCAGGAGCAGCAGCAGCAGCAGCAGCCGCAUUCCAGCGCCGGGGAUGUGGAAUUUUGGAAGUCAUACACCAUACCCCCGUCUGCGGAGGAUAGCAAUAUCGAUGCUAUUGCCAAGGACACAAUGGCCCAAGAGGGCUCUUCGGCAGCCCUCGCGUCCACAGGUUCGAUACUGACAACAUCGAGCCUGCCACUUGCCGCACCAGCGACCAAAACAGCGAAACUACCGAAGACCACACAGCCCAAGGUGCAGACCCAGGAUCAGGCAAAGGCCCAUACGCAGGCCAAGGUGCAGAUCCAGAGCGAGGAGCAAGACCAGCCGCAGGGGCAGACGCCGGUGGAGCAAACUCAGGCGCCACAACCCCUGCCUAAGACCCUUCCAGUACAUGACCCGGUACAGGCACAGCCCCAGGGCAGCAGCAGCAGCAGUCAGCUGAUGGCCCAGCCCCCAGAACCAGAAGCCGACGCCGAAUGUGAUUUGAACGAGGUGAAGAUUUCCGUGCCCAGGACUCUGAGCGAUCGCCUGAACGAGCUGGCCAUCUCCUCCAUGGAGCUGUCCUUCGAGAUGGACAUGACCAAUGUGCACGAUGCCAUCGAGUGCAAGCAAACGGGUCAGCAAGUGCUGGUGCCCAACAAUCCCGUGGUGUCCAUGAACACCCGUGUGGAGCUGGCCACGCCUGGCUUGGCCGAGCAAACAGUGCCCCUGCGAUUCAAUGCGCUAAUCGCGGGCGUUGUCAACAUCGAUGUGGAGAAACUGAAUCUCGAGAGCAUGACCGAGGAUCAGGUGCCGGACUUCAACGACGACGUCACCUCCCUGGCGGCCAAUCUGUGCAGCGCCGCGUUGGAGAACGGACUGUGUGCCGAUCAGAGUGCCUUCCAUAAAGGAGACCUAGUGGACGAUAACAACCCUAUGGAGCUCAGCGACAAGCAGCUGUCGGAGAUGACCGACCAGGAGUUGGUCAGUCUGAAGGAGCAGUAUGCCGUCAGGCUCUCGGAGCUGCAGAGCGAGCUGUCCGCCGUCGAGCAGAUGGAUCCCGCGGCCACUGUGUCCGCCAUUGCCAGAUCGUUGAAUCCGCAGCGGGAGCUGCCCCAGAUAUCGCCUAAGGCUCGCGCGGCUCUAAAUCGCAGCCAAACCCAGAAGCACAUGAAGCCGACCAUGCAGGCCAUGGCGGAGCCCGAGGAGGAGUUCCAGGGUCCAAUGCUGCGCGAUGGCUGCAAGCAUGGCGUCAUCAAGCCCAAGAAGAAGUGCAAGAAGACCUGUCCCCUGGGCGAUCCCUGCAAGGAGGAUAAGUGCAAGCGUCCCAAGAAGGGGUCCAAGAAAGCGCGCAAGAAGAAGGCCUCUUUGGGUGCAUCCGAGAUCCGGGCCAGUGGUGGCAAGUCUUCGUGCGGUGGCAAAAAGGAUGCCAAAAAGGAUCCCUGUGCGAAAAAGGAUGGCAAAGGUGACAAGAAGAAGGACCCUUGUGCCAAGUUCAAGAAGGGCGGCGACAAGAAGAAGGAUCCUUGCGGCAAGAAGGACGAUAAGAAGAAGGAUCCUUGCGGCAAGAAGGGUGGCAAGGGCGAUAAGAAGAAGAAGGAUCCCUGCGCCAAGUUCAAAUCCGGAGAAAAGAAGGACCCCUGCGCCAAGAAGGACGAUAAGAAGAAGGAUCCUUGCGGCAAAAAAGGAGGCAAGGACGAUAAGAAGAAGAAGGAUCCCUGCGCCAAGUUCAAGUCCGGAGAAAAGAAGGAUCCCUGCGCCAAAAAGGACGAUAAGAAGAAGGACCCUUGCGGCAAAAAAGGAGGCAAGGACGAUAAGAAGAAGAAGGAUCCGUGCGCCAAGUUCAAGUCCGGAGAAAAGAAGGACCCCUGCGCCAAAAAGGACGAUAAGAAGAAGGACCCUUGCGGCAAAAAGGAUGAUAAGAAGAAGGACCCUUGCGCGAAGUUCAAGAAAGGCGGAGAUAAGAAAAAGGAUCCUUGCGCCAAAAAAGACGAUAAGAAGAAGGACCCUUGCGGCAAAAAGGAUGAUAAGAAGAAGGACCCUUGCGCGAAGUUCAAGAAAGGCGGAGAUAAGAAAAAGGAUCCCUGCGCCAAAAAGGACAAUAAGAAGGACCCUUGCGGCAAAAAGGAUGAUAAGAAGAAGGAUCCUUGCGCAAAGUUCAAGAAGGGCGGAGAUAAGAAAAAAGAUCCGUGCGCCAAAAAAGGCGAUAAGAAGAAGGAUCCCUGCGCCAAAAAGGACGAUAAGAAGAAGGACCCUUGCGGCAAAAAAGGUGGCAAGGGAGACGGCAAGAAGAAGGAUCCCUGCGCCAAGUUCAAGAAGGGCGGCGAUAAGAAGGAUCCCUGCUCGAAGAAGUACUCCACGUUCGCCAGUCCAUGCCGCAUCGACGGCCUGAACGAUCCCGUGUGCCGGAUCGGCGACACGUGUCAGACAGCAGUGGCUGCGUCCCACUAUUCGGGCCACGCGGCAGCUCCCGCCCGCUACUUGAUCUACUCGACGCUCGUGCGCCGUCACUAUGGGGGCAAGCCGACGAAGACCCAGCUCUGCGGCCUGGCAGCCGGCGACGUGCUCACCUGGCAGCGUGGCUAUGCGAAGAAGGACGGCAAGAAGGAGGAUGGCGGCAAGUGCGCUGCCCUGGACCAAAAACUUCCCCUGAAUCGUGGCAAGGACAAGAAGGCGCGCAACGAGCUGCGCACCGACUGCUACGUCGACGGCGAGGAAUGCCCCAAGAACUGGUGCACCGGAAACUGCGCCAAAGUCCGGUUUCCCCGCAAGAAAUGCGACAAGAAUAAGAAGAAGAAGAGCGGCAAGAAGCACAAGUCCGGCAAAGAAGGAAAUAAGUUGCUAUCCCUGGAGUCAGUCCCUGCCCUGGCCCUGGCCCAGAGGCAGCGGUGGAACACAAGGGACUUCACUUGCCAGGCCGAGACUCAGCUCGGUAACGAUCGAACCGGAUAUAUGAUCCAUGUUCCAAGGCGCUAUGAGAUCGAGAUGUUGGAAGUACCAUUGCCCUGUCCCAAGGAGUAUGAGACCAUCAUUCGAGUUGGUUCGGUUGCCCUCAGCGGUUCCGAUAUACACAUCUAUGAGAACGGUAAUGAGGACAUGAAGGAAUUGACGCUGGGGCACGAGGCCACGGGAUUUGUGGAGGAGGUGGGCUCUCGUGUCCAGAAUCUACAGCUGGGCGAUCGUGUGGUUUGUGAGGCGACCAUUACCUGCGGCUCCUGUGACCUCUGCAAGGAGGGACGAUACCAAAUGUGUGAGCGCCUGUGGUACAAGGGCUUCCUGGGCACCCAUCAGAUCCACCAUGCUGAUCUCUGCCACCGACUGCCCGACAACAUCACCAUGGAGGAGGGCAGUCUCAUCCAGACGCUUGCCUCGGCCUGUGCCGCCUGCCUGAAGGCUGGAAUAUUGCCCAUCAGCAAUGUGCUCAUCAUUGGAUCGGGGUGCACGACAAUAGCGGCGGGACUGGUGGCCAAAGCCCUCAGUGCCAAGCAGGUGACGAUCGCCACCAACAUGGAAGCGACACAGCAUAUGGCCACACGCGAAUUUGGCCUCGAUUGCGUGCUGUACGGCACGAAUGGAAUGUACAGCGAGGAGCUGGAGGCCAUCUACUGCAAGGCCAGGGAUUGGCCCAAUGUGGUCAUCAACUUUGCCAUCUCCGCCCAGACCAUGAACCUCUCCAUAAUGGCCCUCAAGCCCUGCGGUAUUUGUGUGCUGGCCGAAUGUGCUUCGGAGGUGGCCAGCUUCAAUACCGUCGAUCUACUCAUGAAGAACAUCAAAAUGAGGCCCAGCUUUCGAUGCGCCAAUAUGUACCCCAUAGCCUUGCAGCUGAUGGCAUCGAGACUGGCGCCAAUGCGCAAAUUAAUUGGAAAAACAUAUCACAUUACCAAAGUGGACGCAGCCUUCCAGGAAGCCCAGCACGAGUCGAACACGGGCAUUAAGAAAAUUAUAGUCAAUUGCUCGAAGGCCGAUACCGGCCCAAGGACAUUGAGAAGACGAAAAGUAUAACAAGUCGAUUAGAAGACACAACACAAAUCAGUUCUUGUGCACAAGACACAGUAGUAAAAUUCCAAAUAAAAUUCAGUACAGUUUUUAAA